AUGGCUGAUAGAAGAAGAAACAAUGGCCCUCCCAACGGCACUCGGGCGCCGGUUUUUGCCUCAUUGCUGCGCUCCGCAACGGGCGAAGUAGCACAGAGACCGCAAAGGACGAGGAAAUCUGACGAGCUACGCAAGAUAUUCUUGACAACAGGCCUAGUCCCUACAGCUAGCGGGUCGUCGUACCUGGAAAUCAAGCCUGCCAGACUACCGACCGGCAAGUCAUUGAUUGCACCUUCGACUUCGUUGAAAAUCGCAUGUACAGUCCAUGGCCCUCGCCCUCUGCCACGCUCAGCAAACUAUUCGCCCAACCUCGUACUCACAACACACGUGAAAUACGCACCAUUUGCUCACCGACGACGAAAGGGACACAUUCGUGAUGCGAGCGAGCGAGAUCUCGGAGUCCAUCUUGAGACUGCCAUCCGGGGCGCUAUCAUCGCAGAACGCUGGCCAAAAAGUGCGUUGGAUGUUACAAUCACCGUUCUUGAAGCAGAAGACGACCGAUGGUGGGGUGAUGCUUCUGGCGCAACGGAUGCAUCCUGGGGAACCAUGAACGUGCUCGCGGGGUGUAUUACGGCUGCUGCUGCUGCGAUCGCUGAUGCAAAAAUUGACUGUCUCGACUUGGUCUCGGGCGGCGUAGCAGCUAUUGUGGAGGAUAACGAAGCGCAAAAAGAUGGAAAGCCGACCAGGCAGCUUGUGUUAGACCCAGAUCCGUCGGAGCACAAGAAUAUAACCGCUGCUUGCGUGGUUGCCUGCUUGCCCAGCCGGGAUGAGAUUACGGAGCUAUGGCUGAAAGGGGAUACAUAUUUAGGAGGAGACCAGAGUUCUGGACAUGAAGCCCUCAUCGAUGGUUCUGUUGAUGCAGCAAGAGGUGUCCACACCGUGCUUUGUGCAGCUGUCACAGAGUCUGGGGAGCGCUUACUCAAACAGACCAUAAACACCCCAGUAGCUGAUACAGAUGCCGAGAUGAAGACGUGA